AUGGCUCCCAAGGAAGGGAUCGGAGCAAUGCCCUUCCACCUAGUAUAUGGUGGCGAAGCAGUCAUCCCCGUUGAAGUCGGAGUUGAAUCCGACCGGAUACAGCACUACAACGAAGACAACGCCAAGCGGAGGUUUUUGGAGCUAGACUUGGUAGACGAAGCACGCGCUAAAGCGGCCGUCCGUCUGAUGGCAUACCGACAGAGGAUGAAGCAGAGCUAUAAUCGGAGGGUGAUCCCAAGAUCUUUUCAAGUCGGCAAUUUGGUAUGGAAGAAAGUAAAGCCGGUCGGUGACAUCACCAAGAUGGAAGCCCCGUGGGCUGGACCCUUCACGGUCGUGGAAAAGCUUCGCUCGGGCGCCUAUUAUCUACAGGAUGAGGAUGGGCGGUGA